AUGAUGCUCAACUCUGACACCAUGGAGCUGGACCUACCUCCCACCCACUCGGAGACCGAGUCGGGCUUUAGCGACUGUGGGGGCGGGCCGGGCCCGGAUGGUGCCGGGUCGGGGGAUCCCGGAGUGGGCCAGGUCCGGAGCGCGGAGCUCGGAGAGGCUGGCCGCAAAGACCUGCAGCACCUGAGCCGGGAGGAGCGCCGACGCCGGCGCCGAGCCACCGCCAAGUACCGCACAGCACAUGCCACGCGAGAACGCAUCCGCGUGGAAGCCUUCAACCUGGCCUUCGCCGAGCUGCGCAAACUGCUGCCCACUCUGCCCCCAGACAAGAAGCUUUCCAAGAUUGAGAUCCUGCGUCUGGCCAUCUGCUACAUCUCCUACCUGAAUCACGUGCUGGAUGUCUGA